AUGAAGGCGAUCAAAAUUCCUAAUACCGCUCUGUUGGAUGUCUUCGGACGACCAGUGUCGAUUAACAGUCAAGACUUUCAUCGGUUGUCCCGGGCAGAUUACUAUGAAAAAAUAUCGAUGAGCAAUCACAAUGAUGCUAAAACUAAAGAUUUAAAUGUCAAUGGUGUUAAUCCAUUACCAAAUCCCACUACGAAUCGGUUAACGGUAAUUGGAGAAACACCACUUCAUAUCGCAGUGUUCUUCAACGAUCUAGCGUCGGUUCAACUUUUGAUUAAACAUGGUGCUGAUGUUAAUCAACGUGUGAUCGGAGAUUUCUAUCAGAACGGUCAAAGUCGAGGGAAACACGAAACGAAAAGCAGUAGGCAUAGUCGAGCUCUUCGAUUCUUUCAGCGCCGUGACAAAUCGAAUACACGAAUCAGUUUGAAGAAUGCGUCACCAGAAACUCAUGCGUAUUAUGGUGAAUACCCAUUAGCGUUUGCUGCGGCAUUCGGUUAUAAAGAAAUCUACGAUUACUUAAUUGAUCAUGGAGCUGAUCCAAAUCUACAAGAUUCCUAUGGAAAUACCGUUUUACACAUGCUCGUCAUCCGAGAUAAUUCAGAUAUGUUUAACCACGCUAUUCGACAUCCAGUUAAAAAAGCGUUGACAGAUAUUCGAAACAACGAAGGUUUAACAACAUUAACACUAUCCGCGAAGAUUGGUCGAAGAGAUUUGUUUCUACAAUGUUUGGAAUUAUCACAUGUGGAAAUCUGGCGUUAUUCAAAUAUCAAAUGUUGCACAUAUCCAUUACGUGGAAUAGACACGAUAGCUGAUGGCGGACAUAUUGAUUGGAACUCUUCAUUGAUGUCCAUUGUCAGCGGUAAAACUGAAGACCAUUUAGCGAUGCUUGAUAAUAUGGUCAUAGAACGUCUAUUGAACGAUAAAUGGUCUUCAUUUGCUCGCGUUAAUUUUGUCCGUCAGUUGAUCUUACUUUGUAUCCAUUUAUUCUUUUUGAGCACUGCCGUGUUUUUACGGAGACCAAACGAUAAUGAAAUUACAGUCCAGAAAAUCUUUUGUCAUAUCGCAGAAGUUUGUGUCCUCAUUGGCUGUAUCAUCAGUCUAUUUGCUUUGCUAGCAAGAGAAAUUUAUCUCCAAGGUUACAGUUCUUACAUACAAAAUCUAAGAAGUUAUCCGGAAAAAUUGGUUUAUCAAUGCUCAUGUAUACUGAUACUUCUAGCUGUUCCAUGUCGUGUUCUGUUUUUAGUCACAAAAAAUGUUGCAUUUGGUUAUGUAGAAGAUGGAUUAGUGUCACUUGCCGUACCAGGAACAUUUUUAUAUUUUCUUUUUUUCGGACGAAUUUAUGCACUGACGGGAGCGUUCAUUGUUAUGAUAUUCGAGAUGAUUACAGGAGAUAUCGCCACAUUUGGUGUGAUCUAUGUUAUUGUCAUUACAGCUUUCGGACAAGUCUUUUAUCUUCUCUUUCGCGAUACAUCUGAAGGUGGAAAUUGUCACGAAUUUGCCACGAAUAACACAUGUGAAGUGGAAAACAUGUGUUCAUUCAAAAAUUUUGAAGCAUGGAUGACAAUGGUUCAUUUCACUAUGGGCGAAUUCGAUUUUUCUCGAUUCGAUUUGACUCCCUAUGCAUAUUUAGUGAAGAUUUUAUUCAUCAUUUUCAUGAUUUUAACACCUAUACUUCUCUUGAACAUGUUAAUCGCUUCGAUGGGUAAUACUUAUCAACGCAUCAUCACUAUCAGCGAGAGAGAACGUAUUCGACAGUGGGCUCAACUCGUCUUAACCAUCGAAAGAUCUUGUUCUCCUAAACAACGAUUUGAUUAUCAAGGUGCAUACGCCAUUGGUGCUGAUGAUAAACGAGAUUUGAUGGUUAUUAAGCGAGUAAUCAAAAGUAAAGCAGCUCAACGAAAAGGAGCGAUCAGUAAUUGGAAGAGAGUUGGAAAGCUUGUUCUCUAUCUGUUGAAAGAACAAAAAACCACAGCUGAACAUGUUCGUCUUCGCCGUGUUUCCCAUCAAUCAGUUGUUCUCAAACCGAAAGCUCAGUUUGAUCAUAUGCUUGAGACAUUGGCCUGGGAACGCGAUAUCGAUUUAUCAGGUCCCAAAGGUUUAUCAGCAUCGAAUCAAAAUCUCAAUUUAGCUUCGACACUGAAUACAGUCGACCUUAACUCGUCUGAUCAUCAUGCUCCGCCGCCGCAAUUUGUAACAAACGAAUAUCCAACGCCAUCCUCAGUUCCUCAACGACUCACGGGCAGCCAAAAACCCAUCUGUCGUUCGGAAUUUUCUGAGCUCCGUUCUCGUCCAUCAUUCAUCGACUAUGAAGAUUUAGAAAUCUUUCAGAACAAACGACCGUUAACCACAGCUCAGCAACCCAUUCGACGCGUAUCGAUGAUGCCCGUAGAUGCUGAUGGAUACAAGGAUUUACUUCUAGAUUUUGAUAACAAACGCCGACAAUCGAAACGAUUAAUGUCACGUGGUACAUCGAAUACAAGUAUAAAAUCGAAAAUUAGUGAAACAACGAUCUGUUAA